GUCAGUGUAGUGUAUCAUUCACCGCAAGAGAAAAAUUGAAAUCGUGUUGCAAUUUGCUGGCUUAAUUACUUUAUUUCCCUUCUAACAAGGGCAUCAGUAAUAUAAUUCUUAUAGAUCGCCAAAGAUGUCCGUCGACAAGGAGGAACUGGUGCAACGCGCCAAGUUAGCGGAGCAGGCUGAACGAUACGACGACAUGGCGGCCGCAAUGAAAGAAGUUACGGAAACCGGCGUCGAACUCAGCAAUGAGGAAAGAAACCUUCUUUCUGUUGCUUAUAAAAACGUAGUGGGCGCCCGGCGGUCAUCAUGGCGAGUAAUCUCCUCCAUUGAACAGAAAACCGAAGGCUCAGAAAGAAAACAACAGAUGGCAAAAGAAUAUAGGGUUAAAGUAGAAAAAGAGCUCAGAGAAAUCUGCUACGACGUUUUGGGCUUACUUGAUAAACACCUUAUCCCUAAAGCUAGUAAUCCAGAAAGUAAAGUAUUUUACCUUAAAAUGAAGGGAGAUUACUACAGGUACCUAGCAGAAGUGGCCACAGGAGAAACCAGAAAUUGUAAGUUAUUUUCUCUACAGCAUUUAACAUAUUUUGGAUUCAUUAAAUAAACAUAUUUUGUCAGUUUUGGAAUAGAUUGAGUUGUAAAUCAUAAACUUAGAUUGUUAACACCCCUUUACAUUACAGCUGUUGUAGAGGAUUCACAGAAAGCAUACCAGGAUGCUUUUGAAAUCAGCAAGGCGAAAAUGCAGCCCACACACCCAAUAAGGCUCGGGUUGGCGUUAAAUUUCUCCGUGUUCUAUUAUGAGAUAUUAAAUUCACCCGACAAGGCGUGUCAGCUCGCCAAACAGGUCAUUAUUUGUGUCAGUUAUGCAUAGGCUCUGUGCUGGCUGGCACGAGGGUGAGCACCCGCGGCGCUAACUUGCUCGCUUGUCCCCAGCCGUCGUGGAGGACUCGCAGAAGGCAUACCAGGAGGCGUUCGACAUCGCCAAGGCCAAAAUGCAACCGACUCAUCCCAUCAGGCUCGGUCUCGCGCUCAACUUUUCCGUAUUUUAUUACGAGAUUAUCAACUCCCCUGCGCGGGCGUGCCACUUAGCUAAACAGGUUUAUUCAUUGCACAUUCUGCAGUGUAUUCAACCUUUUGAUGAUGCAUCCCCUUACUAACUUAUAGAAUAGUCAUCUUACGUGAUAUCGCAUGACUGAAAAUGUUUUCGAACUUAAUUUAGAUGUAUUUAAAAAAUUGUAAAUUCACUAAUCUUGUCUUGGCAUGGCCAUGUUGAAAGCAAUUAACCUUUUAAUACUCGAUCCAGCCAGCAUCUAGAGUGUUUUAACUUGUGAAUUUAUAAAUAUAUUUGAUGUUGUUUUAAGUGUAUAGUGGGCUAUUGUAUGUUAUUAGUGGAAAGAAAGGAUGAGCAUGUGAGCGCUGUUUAUGUUGCAGGCAUUCGACGACGCGAUCGCCGAGCUGGACACACUAAACGAGGACUCUUACAAGGACUCUACGCUGAUCAUGCAGCUCCUGCGGGACAACCUGACGCUGUGGACGUCGGACACGCAGGGCGACGGCGACGAGCCGGCUGAGGGCGGCGACAACUAAUGCCGGCGCGCGCCGCCCCACUCGCAUUUGUUCUCAUCGGUGUUUUGUAAGAAACGAGCAACAUUCGAGAACGUCGCGCGGCGCGGCCGUCCCCUGCUGCCGCCGCGAGCCGUCGCUUGUAAAAAUGUUAAACAUGUCAUUCGCAGCGGACCUUCACGUUCCGUCUAAAAUUAAAUGUUAUGUGUCAUCUUUGACGAUUUUGUAUUUCUGUAUUUACACUGGAUUACAGAUAUCGAGCUGACCUGAUGAAUAUAAAUAUUUAUAACUUAAGUUAUUAAAAUUACGGUUUCUUAAGUUAAAAGUGUUUUCCUUUAUUAUUAAAAUGAACUCGACAGCCUGGUCGGCCCCAAAGUAACAUUCCUUUCGCCGCAUGUCCGCAGUGAAAUGGAGAUCAUGAUGGUGAAUGUUUUGAAAAUUAUGCAAUUAGUUUAUAAAAAUUGUUAAAGUGCGCCCAAUAACCCAAUUAAACCUAGAUUGUCAUAAUAAAUCCACAAACUGUAAUGGCUGUAUCAAAUUAGGGCACAAAAAACUUGUUAGUGUCUUUUAUGUGGUUUUUUGUGAUGUCCUCGAUUAAUUUAAAUAUUACCAAAGCGAAACUUACAUUGACAUUAACCAAUUUGUUGUGCCCAUCACUGAUUAAUAAUAGCAUUCUGAAUUUUCAGGCAUUUAUUAGCGAAAUAGUUUUUGUGAUGGACAAUUAUUGUAACAUUUCUGCUGCAUUUUAUCAGCCAUUAAUCUAUUAUAUUUUUCAUGUUUUCACCAAUAAAUUUUUGUAUUAAAUACAAUUUUUAGUUUUAGAACCAAUAUUUAAAUAAACCGUCACCUGUUAACCCCACAAAAGAUUUUUGUCUAAGAAAUGCAUUUUUAACUUUACCUUGUGAUUGGUUUAAAUGGGCGAAGAAGAUGAAUUCAUUUAAUGACUAAAAACCCCUUUCACAUAUUCACAUAUACCAUCACGUUAACCUUAUUCCUGUUUAUAAGACCUUACAUGCGUGUCGUCUCUAUGCAAUUUCGUUCAUGAUGCAUUCUAUUUAUUUUGCGCAUAUCGUGCAACGUAGGGUAGAUAUAAUCUGUAAAAGUGUUCUAUUAUUUUGAUCUUACAUUUUUCAAGAUUAGAUACCUCCCUCUUACCUAUAUCCGGUGUGAUCUGGUUUUGAAGGGUAUAGAGAGCCAGCAUAAUUACAUGAUGUUUUUUUAUAUUUAUUUUAAGUUGCCGGGGGAGGGCAAACACGCAUGUUAGUUUCUAUUUCACGACUAUGGAUUGGUAUUUUAAAAACGAAAUACAUAGCUGAAAGUGUUUCAUGUUCUUUAAAUAAUUCAUAAGAGUCUUAAAAGAAACUUUAAUACCUACCUUUAAUUUUACAAUUAAGGGAAGUGCAUAUACAGGGUUAUUUUUCAAAGAGUAGCCAAACUUUAAAUUUUAGCUCAAAUAUAUAAAUGAUAUACCGUUAUUGCAGGUUUUGAAAAUACGAGUAAAUAAGACUUUUUUGUACUACUUUAUUUUAAAUCUUAUUAUAUGAUUUAUGGGUAACGUUUUUACUACCGAUCGACCCUUACGAAUGUGUGCGCGCGCAAAAUCUGUUAAAAUAAUACGAGGGUGGAUUGAAAAGUACUCGGCCUAACACAGAUCCAUUCAAUUCUAAAAAUCAAAUCUACCCACAUUAUUUAGUUCAGUUCAGACUAGUUCAUUGUGUGAAGUUCGAAACGUGUGCGAUAAUUAGUUGUGAUUUUAUAGAUUUAUUAACAAAGUAAUCGGACAUAAUUUCCGCGAAUGGAGCAAAUCGAGCAGCGUGCCGUCAUUAAGUACCUCCAUAAGAAGGGGCUAUCAUCAAAAGCCAUCCAUGAUGACAUGGUCAGUACAUUAGGCGAUUGUGCUCUGUCAUAUUCAUCCGUCAAAAAAUGGAUAGCAGAAUUUAAGCGUGGUAGAGAGAGUGUGAAAGAUGAACCCCGCUCUGGAAGGCCUUCGACGUCAACUACUGACGAAAAUAUUAAAAAAGUACUUGAUUUAAUAAUGGGAGACCGCAGAUUAAAAAUUAGAGAGAUAGCCGAGAUUAUAGGCAUCUCUUAUGAACGAACUCAAAACAUCAUUGUCAACGUUGGGUUGGGUUUCCACAAGGUGUCUGCGAGGUGGGUUCCGCGACUGCUUUCAGUUGAACAAAAAAGGACGCGAUUGACUAUUUCACGCGACUGUUUGGAGUUAUUUGAAGCCGAUGCAGAUGAUUUUUUGAAUCGUUUUGUUACUAUGGACGAAACAUGGGUUCAUUACUGUACACCGGAAACAAAACAACAAUCAAAACAGUGGAGAAGACCUGGUUCACCACCCCCUAAAAAGGCUAAGUCGAUUUUGUCGGCAAAUAAGGUGAUGGCUUCAGUAUUCUGGGACUCGAAAGGUGUGAUUAUGAUUGAUUAUCUUGAAAGGGGUCAGAAUAUAAGCUCUGAUUACUACUGCACCUUACUACGUCGUUUACGAGAGGAAAUAAAAGAAAAACGUCGAGGAAUGCUCAGAAGAAAAGUCCUGUUUCAUCAAGAUAACGCCCGUGUUCACACGUCAGUACAGUCAAUGGCUGAAAUUCACAACUGUGGCUUUGAACUGUUACCGCAUCCGCCGUAUUCACCUGAUCUGGCACCAUCAGACUUCUUUCUGUUCCCUAACCUAAAAAAGCACUUGGGAGGUCAAAGAUUUUCGACAAACGACGAGGUCAAAGCAGCUGUAGACGCAUAUUUUGACUCUAAGGAAGAAUCAUUUUUUUUCAACGGUCUAAAUGCUUGGAAGGGGAGGUGGCAAAAGUGUAUUGAAGUUGAUGGUGAUUAUGUAGAAAAAUAAAAAUAUAACUGAUUUAGUAUUUGUUUAUUUUCUUGGUUAGGCCGAGUACUUUUCAAUCCACCCUCGUACAUACGCAUUUUUAAUUUAAACUAC